GGAACUAGAGAGAGAGAGAGAGGGAGAGAUUUGGGCGGAUUCUAAGGAGAGAUCAUGAGAGCUGGACAGAAAAAGAGUGUGUUAAUAAAGCUGCAGUAAAUCCGGUGGGGGCGGAGACCUUAACAUCUGUACCACUCACUCACACACACACACACACACACGUACACACACAGAAGACCAGUCAACCUCACACAACAUCGUCAGCUUGGACUUUUUCACAUAUUGACCUACAAGCUGUUUAAAGAUGAAGUGUGUUUGCUCCAUGCUGCCUUUUGCAGUGUUUCAGAUGCUGACGUUUUCUGUAACUUACUGCACUCCGUCGAUCUAUAGUUUAUUCCAAGGCGCCCCGUAUUCCAGCUCGAUCCCGAAACAACGCAACAAAAACUGGUGUGCCUUUGUAGUGCACAAGAACGUGACGUGCGCUGUGCUGGGAGUGACGGAAACUGUGGAGUCUGACAACGCACCCUGUCCUGAACAUCAGCCCCAUUGUGCUCAAACUGGAAUAUACCGCGUUCACACAAGACCAACAUACAAAGUGGGCUACAAGCAGGUGACUGAGCUGGAGUGGAGGUGUUGCCCUGGUUACCGUGGUUACGACUGCAUGGAGCUCAAGGAUGCUGUGUCACCUCAAGUUCUCCAGGAACCACAACCAGAUCUGCCAUCUGUUCACAAACCACAACAGGGUGUCGAUGUUACCUCUGGUUCCCAUCCUUGGACACAAUCUGGGCAAAGUGGACAAACCAGGCACCCUUGGACUGAAGGUGGAGAGUCUGGAGGUCAGAGAGGUCAGCAUGAUAGUCGUCGUGUACGAGAGUUAGAAGAAGAAGUACAGCGUCUUUCUCAAACAGUCCUUGACAUGCAGGCUGCCAUGACUACUACAAAUGCUAACUUGCGUCUAGAUCUGCAAGAAGAUGCAAGCAAGAUAAUCCUGAACCUACUUGGCCAACUGAGACAACCACAGGAUGCACUGACUGGAGGAACUGAGAGCAUUGUGCUGCCUUCAGACCUAACAAUUUUUCCAGUAACUGAAGAGCUUCAGAAUCAGGUUACCCAUCUUUCAAACACAAUCAGCACCAACAUAAACACCAUUCAGGGACUGGAGGCUAAGCUCCAGCAGAUUGAAAGCCAGAUGAACCAGCUAAAAGAGGCACCCAGUGGUACCCCAGUUCCACCUCCUUCCUCUACCUUGCCUACUGAGUGCCAAUGCCAGGCUUACAUUGAUGAAAAACUUCAAGAUCUUCGUAUGGAGCUGCUGGAGGGAAUGGACAUUAAGAUGGCUGAUUUAAAGAACUCCUGUGAGUACAAAGUGGAAUCAGUUAAAGAACAUUGUGAUGAACAGGAGAACUUCUACCUAAGUCUUACUGAGCUCCUAGAAUCUAAAGAAACUGACUUGCGCCAAGAAAUCCAGGACCUGAGGCACCUUGUUUUAAAUAGCACUUCUAAAGGAUUGCCGGUUGCACAGUUUGAAGUUGAGAUCCAAAGCCUAAAGAAUGUGCAUCAGAGCUUGGCUAAUGCUGUAAAUGCAACAAACAAGCAACAGAAGGCUUUACGGGAAGCACUGAACACAAGGUUUAGCCAAGAAGAAAAAACUGCAGAAACACACUGCCUCAAACUCGAGGAAAAGUUAAGAAGCGAGAGGGCAAAGGAACAAGAGGCACAGAACAAAACUCUGGAGAGCAAGAUUGGUGCAGUUCUACAGGUCAUUCAAGACUUACAAUUGCACAGCAUUCCGAAAGAUAACAGCCAAAAUAUAUUGGAGAUGGAGAAACAGACGCAGAGUCUGAAGGGUGAGGUAAGCUCGGUUAUGCAGCAAGUCACACAGUUGGAGAGCUCAGUCCGAAUUCUCAACGAGUCCAUGAGCCAUCAAAGUCAUACGGACGGCGGUCUUUAUAACAAAUUUGUUGAACUGGAGGAAACUUGUGGGAGGAACCAAGAAUCGGCCAACAAAGUGGAGGAGAUGUUGUCUGGAAUGGAUGGACGGGUGGCCAAUGUUGAAAGGCUCUGUGGGAGAUUGGAACCAAUGUCCGACAGUCUUAAGACAAUUAAAGAUGGACUCAACAAACAUGUCAGUGGCCUUUGGAACUGUGUCCGAAAACUCAACAGCACUGUCAUUACUCACACUACAGACAUCAGCACACUGAGAGAAAAUGCACACACCGCAGAGGGCAAGCAGCAUGGAACCACCAAUUAUACGCAAUAUACAGGUCCAGGUGUUCGUUCUGGUAUGGAGGACUCUAGUGUUCUCAUGGAGAAAGCUGCUCCAGUUUUAGAGUCUGGAGAAGCAGGGCCACCUGGAACCAAGCUUUCAUCACAUCCCCCUCAGGGCAGCAGUGGCAGUAAGAUACCUGUUAAGGGCUAUGCUUCAUCUCCAGGCUUUUCUCCAGCAUCCUCAGUCUCUGUUACAGCUCAUAUUCUUCCAGGUCCUAUGAGUGUAAGUGUUCCUGUCUCCUUUUCGGCUGGUCUGACCCUCUUCCCGUUUUCUGAAGAGGUCGGCAUCAUCCGCUUCAACAAAGUGCUGUUGAACGAUGGAGGUCACUAUGACCCACAAACAGGAGUGUUCAUUGUCCCCACUGAUGGCCGGUACUUGUUGAGUGUUGUGAUAAUGGCCCAGAAAGGAGAGAGUGUGGAAGCGGUCCUCUCAGUGGCCAAUCGUAGCAUCCAGAAGCUUAACACAGCUGGAGCAGAGAAUACGGCCUCUACAGGGUGUCUCUGCGGAGGCUCUGCCUCUGCCAGCCUCGUCCUUGAUCUCAGACAAGGUCAGAGGGUGGGGGUCGUAAAAACAUCAGGAACUCUGGCAAUUUCAGCAUCCACCGAGGUGCUUUCCACAUUUAGUGGUGUUCUGCUUUAUCCACUGCAAGCUAAAAGAUAAUAAUGAUCAGAUUUUAGGGCUAUGUUUUAGUAAUUAUGUUAAUGAUAAAUGUUAAUGUUAAAUAUGUUAUACCACUACACUAAUCAGCCAGUCAUGUAGCAGCAGCAUCAAAUCAUUCAGCUUCAGCUGAUAUUCACAUCAAAGAUUAGACUACAAUAAAAUGACAAUUUUAUCAUGGCAUGGAUGUUAUCACAUAUACCAGAUAUGUACCAGAUAUGCUGUUUUGAGUAUUUCAGAAACAGUUGAUCUACUGGGAUUUUCACACAUAAGUGUCUCUAAAGUUUAAACAAAAACUUGAGUGAGGUAUUAAUAUAAUUACUCUUUACAACCGUGGUGAGUAGAAAAGCAUCUCAGCACACACAAAUGAUCAAAUCUUGAACUGGAUGAGCUACAGCAGCAGGAGACUACAUUGGGUUCUACUCCUUGAGUCUAAAACAGGAAUCUGAGGUCAUCAUGGGCACAGCCUUAUCUUAACUGGACAAAAAAAAAUCAUAUGGUCUUAAUUUCAUUCUUCAGUUGUCCAGUUUGGGUGAGCCUGUACCUAUGAUAUCCUCUAUUGUCUGUUCUGGGCUUGCAGGAAUGGAGCCUUCUGCUGUUGUAUCCUGUCUGCCUCAAGGUUUGAGGUGAUGCUUUUCUUAUUACCACAGUUGUAAAGAGUGGUUAUAUGAGUAACUGUAGAUUAUCAACUUAAGUUAAUGUAGGCUUAGACCAGUCUGGUAAUUCUCCUCAGAUCUUUCUCAUCAACAGUUUGUUUUUUUGCACCAUUCUGAUUGCGUGUGAAAAUCCCAGGAGACUUCUGAAAUACUCAAGCCAGCCCAUCUGACAUUAACACAGUUGACAUGCUUAAAGUCACAUAGAUCACACUUUUUUCCCCAUUUCUGAUGUUUAAAGUGAACAUUACACAAAGCUACUAAUCGGCAUCUGCAUGAUUUUCUGCAUUGUGCUGCUGCUGCUUGAUUAACUGAUUGGAUAACCAUAGAAAUGGGCAGGUGUACCCAUUUAUAUGAAUGUUAGCAAGGAUAUGUAUUUCGGUGCUCAUAGGAUUGUUACAUUUUUCCAGUGGUAUUUAGCAGAUAGAAAGCGACAGCUUCCGAAGAGAACGCUUUAUAACCACAAAAUCAGCAAACUCAUUUAUCAGCAUGAUAAACAGGAAUUACAUUUUAAAGACCUUAGUUAAAAUGCAGGAUAUAUUUUACCACCAAGGUGCUCUUAUAAAAACAUUUCAACUUCAGGAUAAUGUCCUGUCAAAUUGUUGUGUCACUAAUAAAGACAUUUCAGAUGUAAAGAAAAGAGAGAGGAAACAAACGAUGGCAAAUUUGUAGCCAAGGAUUGUGUUAAGCUGUAACUGCCUCAGUCUUGGAACGAAAAAAGUGUGCAUUUUUGGUUUCAUAGACCAAUAUUUCAACUCCUUUUAUUGGGAAACUAUUAUUAUUAUCAUCAAAGUUUACAUCAUCAGAUGAAAGUGGUGUAAUGAGCACAAAGCAGAACCUCACAGCAGUGGAAUGUUGUGCAUUCACAUGGGAAUCUCAGUGUUUCCUUUCAGCUGUUCACCAAGAAUAUACAUAUUACUGCCUCACAGAAUAUGUGCAAAUUAAAUGAAAGUGCCAGUACAUUUUUAAUAUUUAUAUAUUCUUGAAAUAUGUCUGUUUUCCAUGAGUCUUGAACACGCUUAAAAGGCCACACAGACGUUUCAAUUUCUAGAACAAUGUAGUUGAAGAUUUUUUCCCACCCUGACAGCAUCUCUAUUUUAUUUAUAGAUAAUAAUAAUAAACUAUGCAAUAUUUGUGUGCGAAGAAACAAUCAUUCUAUAAAAUCCUGUGUUUCCAGAGUUUUCCCUAUUUUAUGGUGCUUAAACAAUAGAUUGUAAGCAGCAGUAGAUUUCAUAGAUGAUAAUUACAUUUUCAUUUAUUAUUAUUAAUAAUAAUAAUAAUGGUCUCUGCC